AUGAUAAUUACUGGACUGGUAUGUCUCGUGUCCCACCUUCACUCUCCCAUGUACUUCUUCCUUUGCAACCUGGCAGUUCAGGACAUUAUCUAUGUCUCCUCAAUCCUCCCUAAACUGAUGGCCAUUACUAUUACAGAUGACACCAGUAUUUCAUUCAGUGGCUGCAUCAGACAAAUGUUUAUGUUUAUCAUUUGUGUUACAACAGAAUUUUUCUUGCUGACCUUCAUGGCUUAUGAUCGCUAUGUGGCCAUUUGCAUCCCGUUGCGCUAUUUAAUAAUCAUGAACAAAAGGAAAUGCAUUCAGUUUGCCUUCUUAUCUUGGUUUUUUGGUUUAGUUAAUUCCGCGUUUUAUUCCAUUGUAAUGUGUACUUUGCCUUUUUGUACAAUGAGAGAAAUCAAUCAUUUCUACUGUGAUCUGAAGGCUAUGGCCAAGCUUUCCUGCAGUGAUAUUACACUCUUAGAGACCUUAAUGUCUUUAGAAAGUGUAUUUCUGGGAUUAUUUCCAUUUGCUCUGAUACUUGUUUCCUAUGUGUGUAUUAUAUGCACCAUUGUAAAGAUGCGCACUUCUACUGGCAGAGCCAAGACUUUCUCUAGCUGCUCUUCCCAUCUAACGGUUGUGAUCAUAUUCUGUGGAACCGUUACUAGCACAUACAUGAAGCAAGAGUCUGAGAAUUCCCAAGAACUGGAGAAGCUGAUGUCCUUGUUGUAUUCUACUAUCGUACCGGUGUUAAAUCCACUCAUUUAUAGCUUGAGAAAUAAGGAUGUGUUAAAAGCAGUGAUGAACAUUAUAAAAUUAAAAAGCAAUGUAUAA